CCCAGUACAGAAUUCAUCUUUUUUUCAUCAGGAAAUUGUUAUUGAAGCAACAACAGAAGAGGAAACAUUUUAUAAGUCUGAAGAACCUACAGUAACGUUAGUCGAGAUAAAUAAAUAACUGUCUGGGCAAGAAAAUGGAAUUGUCGCUCCUGCUGAGAACAACCAUCUGCUUUGUAUAUCUGCAAUAUGUUUUUGGUGUAGAUUGGUGGGGGAAUUAUAUGGAUGGGCUGAAAGACCAAAUAUCUGCAGAUGGGUUCCAGCAAUUUCCAGAAAAGUCCAGAAGUUUGGAUAUUUAUCAGGAAGCCUUUGUGUGCCCUGACAUGUCUCCUUCAACUCAAGUACCGACCAGAGCUGACAGAGUAAAACCUGCAGAUGUGAAAGUCCUAGCAGCGAUGGGCGACUCCUUAACGGCGGCAAUUGGUGCAAAUGCGACAAAUGUACUGGAAAUUCCAAAUGAAUACAGACAGUUUUCAUGGAGCAUCGGAGGUUACAGCAACUACUCAGAAUUAGUCACCCUGCCCAAUAUUUUCAAACUUUUUAAUCCCAGUGUAACUGGUUUUGCAAAGGGGAUGACCGUAAGCUACAGACCAGCUCCUCUGGAGAAUGCACAGCUGAACAUGGCUGUUACUGGCGCUAAUACCUUCACGUUACCGGAGCAAACCAGAAAUCUGGUAGACACCAUGAAAACAUUUCCGGGCAUUAAUAUGGAAGAGGACUGGAAGGUUAUUACCAUAUUCAUUGGGUCCAACGACUUAUGUGACUAUUGCAAAAAUACGACUCUGUUUUCAGCGGAUAGUUUCAUUUACAACCUGACGGUGUCCCUGGACAUUUUACAGAAAGAGAUGCCAAGAUCCAUCGUUAACGUGGUCCAGCUCUUCCCCAUUGAGCAGCUUCGAGACAUUAAUGACAAGAGCUUUGGGUGUAUUCUCCAGAAGUUUUUCUGCUCUUGUGUGGUGAAUCCAAAAGAUAAUUCCUCAGAGUUAUUGGAGCUGAUUGAUCAGAACAUACAAUUCCAGGAAAAACUGGUGCAACUGAUAGUAACCUCAGGAAGAUAUGAUGGAAAGAAAGACUUCAGAGUGGUCCUUCAACCCUUCUUAAGGAACGUUACACCUGCUCUAGAUCAUAAUGGCCACAUCGAUUACUCCUUCUUUACUCUAGAUUGCUUUCACCUCACUAUUAAAGGUCAUGAGCAGCUGGCAAAAGGUCUAUGGAAUAAUAUGUUUCAGCCAUAUGGUGAAAAAGUUCAUCUGAAAACCUUCUCUGAACCUGUGCAGCUGAUAUGCCCGUCAAAGGAUCAUCCGUACAUUUACACCAGAGAACUAAGUGAUGAUACCAAUGGUUCCUAUCUACACAAGGUCUCUGUGCUACAAUACGGACUUCUUCUGCUGUUCGUCCUACACCUGCAUUGGUAGCUUAUAUCAUAAGGAUCAUCACAAGAGAUAACUUAUGUUCAUCAAAACCAACAUAAAAAUCCUUAUUCCAGCCAAGAAAUGCCAACUGGUGAACUGGGCCAAUGCCUAAGAUUUCUAAAUGUCCAAUAGAAAGAAGCGAGGAUCAUAUGUAGCCCAUUCCUACACAACCUGAUAUAAUAGCUGAUACAGGCGUAACUCUGUACCAGCAUGAGGGGACAAUCAUAUACUUGUGUAUAGGGCUACAUUUAUUAUUAGAAAAACUAGG